AUAAAGAAGUGGAGACCCUUACAUGCCAUUAUAUAGAAGGCAUUCGUUAAAAUAUUUAUGAUCAGAGUGUUCAGAACGAUUGAAUAUGAAGGUGCUCGUUAUAUUUGCUUUGGUGCUAGCCUACGCAUCGGGAUCGGUUCUUCACGAUGAGCUCAAGAUUGAGUCUAGUAACAUGUGGAAUAAUCGCAAUAUUAGCAUCAUCAACGGACAUGAUGCUUCUCCCGGACAAUUUCCCUAUCAAGCCGGACUAAUUAUGGACAAAGUUGAAAAAUUUUCUUUUUGCGGUGGCUCCUUGAUCAACAACAAUUGGAUUUUGACUGCUGCGCACUGCACGCAUGGUGCCCAUGUUGUCUCCAUUUUGUUGGGCAGCGUUUUGCUUAACGAGUCCAAAGUUACACUAAUCGUUCAAGAGAAAGACAUCUUCGUCCACGAAAACUGGAACGCUACUCUUAGAACCAACGACAUCUCACUCAUCCGCAUUCCAUAUGUGGACUACAACAAAGACAUUCAACCCGUUAAGUUGCCGAAGAUCCAGUCGCGUAAUGAGACCUACGCUCGUAAUGAGUCAAUAGCUUCCGGCUGGGGACGAACCUCGAACGCUGACUUUACCUAUAUACUUCAAUACGCGAAAGUAAAGAUCAUGUCGAACAAUCUUUGCAAGAUUUAUUUUCCCUACAAGAUUAUCUCUUCCAACCUUUGCACUUUCACGAACAAUGCAACACCUUGCUUCGGCGACUCUGGUGGCCCAUUGGUAGAGUCGAGCAACUUGGUUCAGGUCGGUAUAUCCGCUUUCACUUCAGUAAAAUGUAGUCAAGGAACCCCGGCUGUCUUCACCCGUGUAACGAGUUUUCUCGACUGGAUCAAGGAUCACACCGGCAUGAUUUUUUAAUAAGCUAUCUAGUUUCGCUUGCAUUGUAUUUUGAUAAUUGUAUGGAAAUAGUACUACAAUUAA